UCAGCUAUCACCACGGAGCUAUCAUUGAUCAUAGCACUCCUGCGAGACAAUUUCACUGCCCACUGUGGCAACGCUGUCGCAUGCCUAUCCGCACGGCUUUCGGGAUCAAAUCUCUCAGUCCAACAGCUUUCAUCCCGGUUGCCUGGGGUGUGUCUCGCGAUAUUGGCAUUUUCGUAUGUCUUUGACAUCGCAAAUCAGGCCUUCUCCGUGGAAGAGGAUGCCCUCAACAAGCCCAAGAGGCCUAUUCCCUCGGGCAAUAUGAGCGUAGAGGGCGCUUACACGCGCUGGCUACUGAGCUGGAUUCUCUUCCCGAUCUUGCUCCAUCUCACCGUGGGUCUCCAAGCCACUACAAUUCUGGUUCUGUGGGAGGGGUGGGUUCUACUGUUUUACGUGUGGCCCAGAUUCGAUAACUGGGCCACGCGCAAUCUGUUCACGGCGGUUGGGGCCGUGCUCCAGCUGAGUCUGCUUGAUGCAUUGCUCGAGGAUGUCGAAUUGCCGAGUGCAGAGGGGAGCUCGCUCAGGUGGCUCUUGUUUAAGUGGUUGAUCAUGACCAUUCAUGUUCAGGAAUUUCAUGACAUGGAGGGCGACAGGAAGGCCGGCCGUCAUACAUUGCCACUGGUCCUCGAUCAACGAGGGCAAUUGUGGCUACGCGGUGCCACGGCGGCGGGUAUCGCCUGCGCUGCGAUUGCCAACGGCUCGCGGAUCGAAUACGCAACUAUGUCAUUGAAACCAGCGCUGUUGCCUUUAGGACUGUGUCACCUACUUUCCAUGCUGGCAGUAGCAGUGCGUCUUGUGACGCUGCCGGUCAAGGAGGCCGACAAGGUGACCUACAAGUAUUAUUAUACCCUGGCGACUUAUACUAUGCUGCAUUUCCAUGUGUGUGCGGAGCGCGACGGAUUGUGA